AUGCUGCUGGAGCGGGUCCGCGCCGGUUCCGAGAAGGCAGCGGAGCUCUGCCCCUUCCCGCGGAGCCCAGAGAUCCCGCUGUGCGCCGGCUGCAACCAGCACAUCGUGGACAGGUUCAUCCUCAAGGUCCUGGACCGGCACUGGCACAGCAAGUGCCUGAAAUGCUCCGACUGCCAGACGCAGCUGGCCGAGAAGUGCUUCAGCCGCGGCGACGGCGUCUACUGCAAGGAGGAUUUCUUCAAGCGCUUCGGGACGAAGUGUGCCGCCUGCCAGCAGGGCAUCCCCCCGACCCAGGUGGUGCGCCGGGCACAGGACUUCGUUUACCACCUGCACUGCUUCGCCUGCAUCGUCUGCAAGCGGCAGCUGGCCACCGGCGACGAGUUCUACCUCAUGGAGGACAGCAGGCUGGUCUGCAAGGCGGACUACGAGACGGCCAAGCAGAGAGAGGCUGAGUCUACGGCCAAGAGGCCCCGCACCACCAUCACGGCCAAGCAGCUGGAGACCCUCAAAAACGCGUAUAACAACUCCCCCAAGCCGGCGCGGCACGUCCGGGAGCAGCUCUCGUCGGAGACGGGGCUGGACAUGCGGGUGGUGCAGGUCUGGUUCCAGAACCGCCGGGCCAAGGAGAAAAGGCUGAAGAAGGACGCGGGGAGGCAGCGCUGGGGGCAGUACUUCAGGAACAUGAAGCGAUCCCGGGGGACAUCCAAGUCCGACAAGGACAGCAUCCAGGAGGAGGGGCCCGACAGCGACGCCGAGGUUUCCUUCACAGAUGAGCCCUCCAUGUCGGAAAUGAGCCAUUCCAACGGGAUUUACAGCGCGCUGAGUGAAGCCUCGCCGGCGCUGGGGCGGCAGGCGGGCACCAACGGGAGCUUUGCCCUGGAGCACGGCGCGAUCCCGGCCCCGGAGCCGUUCCACGAGCUGCGCUCCAGCAGCCCCUACGGCAUCCCCCCGUCCCCUGCGGCCCUGCAGGCCCUGCCAGGCCACCAGCCCUUGAUCUCCAGCCUGGUGUACCCCGACAGCGGCCUGGCCAUCAUGGGACAGAGCGGAGCAGGGGUGCCCCAGCCCAUGAGGGUCCUGGCCGGGAAUGGACCGAGCUCCGACCUCUCCACGGGCAGCAGCGGCGGGUACCCCGACUUCCCGGCCAGCCCGGCCUCCUGGCUCGAUGAGGUCGACCACGCUCAGUUUUGAUACAGGGGCCAACCCCAGGCAGUGGGAAGGGAAAGGACUCGGUGCUGUGAAAUGUCACCUGCUCUUGGAAAGGACAGAGGGACAGCCCUGAGUGCCGUGACACGGAGGGAGCAGAGGGGAUUUCGGAGAUGAGCCUGGCAUGAUGGUGAUGAUGAUGAUGAUGAUGAUGGACAAAGGCCCUGGCACUGCAGCCAUUGGCACCCAGAGCGUCCCAACCAAACUGAAUCUUGUGUCUUUACCAAACACCAGGACUUGUGCUUUACAGAUUUGAUAUGAGGUAUUUUGCGUUUUGUUGUCGGUGCAUUCUCCAAAGCGAGGACAUGCUCCGUCACCCAUCCACACCGAAACAUUUUUAAGGGAAAAUAAAAUCCUCAUCCACGGUGAAAGGUGUGACGAUGUCUAUAUUUCUAUAGGAGAAAUGUUCAUAGUGAAUCACUUCAGAAAUCCAUGGUAGGAAACUUCUCUGUUCUUCCAACAGAUUUUUUAAAAGCGCACCAAUGCGGUAUGUUUUGUUUUAUUUGAAUUUACAUUAUCUUUUCUAAAACAAAAUGCUCUUUAAUAUGCCAAUCAUUUAUCAACAGCCCUUUUCCUUUGUAAAAUGAAAAUCAUAUGUUAAUUCUGCUUCUCCCCUUUUUAAUUUGUAGCUUGCUAGGUUGACUCUUCCAUAUAAGCAUUAAACCGUGAAUAGAUGUAUUUAUUACCAAGUAAUUCCACGUUCAUCACGAGGUCAAGAAGUGAAUUUUUCUUGACCCAGGGACACCAGUGGUGGAUCUGGGUUGUGGAUCUUAUGCUUUUCCUUGAAAUUUCUUUGUAUCAGUUUUACUGCAAAGUGUCUCAAAAAUCACCCUGAUGUCUUGUUGCCAAAAACCUUCUCGGGGGGCCGGGUUUAAAAUGAGCCCUUCCCCAGGCACUGCUGGAGUGAGCAGCCCCUUCCCUGGGGACAUGUCCCUGCUCCAGGCAUUUGUGUAUUUCCACAGAUAUUGUGCAAGCUGAUUGUGAGGAAAGGCAAGACAGUGUGUAUAUUGUUAUCUGUAAAAAUUAUGGAAUUAACUGUAGAUUAUGUGGAUGUCCAGUGUCUUUUAUUUAUAUUCUCGCUCUCUCUCUGAUGAUCAAAUACUUCAAGGUUACAAAUAAAUUUGUCAGCUAAACUUUA